UCUGACUUCUGAGAAUGUCCUGUCGUCAUUUUCCAUUAAAAUUGCUCCAAUUAAAGUCAUGUGAUAACUUCUAUUUUGUAAUGGAGAAUAUUAUUGACAUGCUGAAAAGUUUUCUUCUCAUAUGAUAAACAUACAUAUCCAUUUCAUAUCACACUGCAGAAAAUUGACACUCGAAAACUAGGGGGAAGUGGAUGAAUGAUGGGCACUUCUGGAAGAUGCGUGGGAUAUGUAUAAUCUUCUUAUGGCCUAAUUGUGGUGUCUAUACAAGUUAUUAGCUUCGUUGAAAGCCAAUGGUGGGGCUAUCUGCAAUUUUCUUGUAGCUGAAUGGGUCAGUGGUUCUUUAGAAUUCUUUAUAUACUGGACACCUUCUACACUAAGUGAAAAUUAAGGAAUGAACCAUCCUCUUCAAGCAAUCUUAGGAGGCAGACAUGGCAAACUCUAUUCUUCUUUCCAUUCUAAAAUUAUUGAUGGUCUUAAUAUUUGCUGGUUGGGUUUCUCUUUGGCUUCUAAAGCCCACUAAUCUUUGGACAAGAAAAUGGAAAGGAGUUGAAGAUAGUGCGAGGCCUACUAUAUUCGGCUACUAUGGUCUUGACUUUGCUGUCUAUACAUUCCCUGUAAUUUCUCUGGCCAUAAUUGGACUUGUUUACUUGAAUUUGCUGUCUAAGGAGACAUUAAGAAGAAAAGCAAGCAGCUCAACUACUGGUUUCUCAAAUCCUGUGAUAGUCAACAGCUUUAUUGGUAUUUUGUCUGGCAUAGAGAUCCUGUGGGUGUUCCUUUUCAUCCUCCUUUUAGGAUGGACUUACUAUACCCGUAUCUCUAACGACUUCAAGAAGUUGAUGCCAAUCAAAUUGCUGAAAUUGAAUUUAUGGCAACUCAAGUAUCUGAGAGUGGCAACCCGGUUUGGUUUGCUUGCAGAAGCCUGCCUGGCUUUGCUUCUUCUGCCUAUUUUAAGGGGCCUGGCCUUAUUUCAAUUACUUGGCAUCCAAUUUGAAGCUUCAGUAAAAUACCAUAUCUGGCUUGGGACUUCAAUGAUAUUUUUUGCCACUGUUCAUGGUGGAAGCACCUUGUUCAUCUGGGGUGUCAGCCACCACAUUCAAGAUGAGAUGUGGAGAUGGCAGAAAACGGGGAGGAUAUACCUAGCAGGGGAGAUGGCUCUUGUCACAGGACUAGUGAUCUGGAUUACGUCACUUCCUCAAAUAAGGAGGAGAAGAUUUGAAAUAUUCUACUACAUGCACCAUCUUUAUAUUCUCUUCUUAAUAUUCUUCCUAUUUCAUGCUGGAGAUCGGCACUUCUAUAUGGUUUUCCCUGGAAUAUUUCUUUUUGGUCUGGACAAGCUGCUUCGGACCAUACAAUCUAGACCAGAAACUUGCAUUCUCUCAGCAAGAGUAUUUCCAAAUAAAGCUGUAGAACUUUUUCUGCCUAAAGAUCCAAGGUUGAAAUAUGCCCCAACAAGUGUAAUAUAUAUGAAGAUACCAAGUAUAUCCAAGUAUCAGUGGCAUUCCUUCAGUUUAGCUUCUAGUUCCAAUGUUGAUGAUGAAGUGAUGUCUGUUAUAUUAAAGUGUGAGGGAGGCUGGACAAGCUCUUUAUAUGACAUGAUACAAGCAGAAUUAGAUUCAAAUGCAGAUCAUAUGAGUAGCAUACGUGCAGCAAUUGAAGGCCCUUAUGGACCUGCCUCACUGGACUUCCUAAGAUAUGACAGCCUGGUCCUGAUCGCAGGUGGAAUUGGGAUAACCCCAUUUCUGAGCAUCCUAAAGGAAAUUGCUUCUGUCCAAAGCAGCAGUAGACACAGAUUCCCAACGCAAAUAGAGCUUAUUUAUGUAGUUAAAAAGUCCCAAGACAUUUGUCUGUUAAACUCAAUUUCUUCUCUACUACUGAACCAGUCUUCAUCCAAACAAUUGAAUCUAAGGCUGAAAGUGUUUGUGACGCAAGAAGAGAGGUCUAGUGCAAGCUUGAGAGAAUUACUGAAUGAUUUAUCUGUAGUACGAACAGUUAACUUUGACACAAAAUUAUCCAAUUAUGCUGUCCAUGGAUUAGAAAGUCCUCUUCGGAUGGCUGCUUUAACUGCACUAACCUCCAUUGUGUUCCUUAUUUUCCUAAUGUGUUUCAACAAUAUCUUUGUUUCCUCGGAGAAGAGUAGAGGUGCUGCCUCCGAGAAGAUGACGGUUCUCUCUGAGAAGAAGGUCCCAAAAGAUAAGACUCCGUCAUCAGUGGUCGAUAUACUUCUCCUAUCUUCUUUCGUCAUUGCUAUAGCAUGCAGCACUUUUUUGGCAUUCAUUUUGAGAUGGAAAAGGCUCACGAAAUCGAUUCCUCCUGUCUCCCAAAAACGAGCCAAAUCAACGGAACCAAGUCAAGUGGAAACAAUGAGUGGUUCUGAGAAGCAUGAAAUCCAUCUUGGAGGAAGGCCUAAUUUCCAAGAUAUAUUCUCCAAGUUUCGUAAUGAAACUGGCGGAUCUGACAUCGGAGUCUUGGUUUGUGGACCUGAAUCUAUAAAGGAGUCGGUAGCAUCAUUGUGCCAGCUCAAGUCACAAGGCUUCAAUGUGGGUGCUAACAAAAAGAAACCAUACUUCAGUUUCCACUCCCUCAACUUCACUCUCUAGUCUAGACACUAAAUAUCAACUGCACAAUAAAUUCUUGUCCAGAGUAUAUGUAGCCUGCCCUUCUCUUCUGUUUGUAUUCCUGAGCAUGUGCUGCAAAUGGGCUCCUUGCUUCCAAAAUGUGCACAUAGUAGAAAACUUCUGCUUCUAACUUGUGCAUUUUACCU